AUGGGACUCUUGUCGCAGUUAGGAACGCUUCUUUCUCUGGAUACGCUCGAUGGACAGGUCCACAAGCGUGAUGCCACCUCAUCCAGGAAGCUGCGUUGGAAGACGCCAGAGUUCAUCUUCUACUUUCUAGUCAUUGCUGUCUGCUUGCCUCUGAUGUUCAAGGCUGCGAUUGAGAUCUCUGAUAGUCGUCAUCCAAAUUACACAAGCUAUGCCCAUCUCUUGUCUGCUGGCUGGAUACCAGGACGCCAGGUCGAUGAUUCAGACGGUCAGUACAGCUCGUUUCGGUCGCAAAUUCCCCUGCUCUUUGUUGUACUAGGAGGCCAUCAGGCUGCACGGUACGCAUAUGAUUUAUUGACGGGGGUCGCGGACAAUUCUUCAAAGCGCAAGACUGCUCGCAUAAGAUUUGACCUUAUUUCUGGUCUCGUCUUUCUUGUUGCACUACAUGGCACAGGCGCAAUCAAGCUACUGAUUAUCAUGGCGUACAGCUAUGCUGUCGGCAGGACCUUUGGUCAAAGCAUUUACACGCCCUUGCUGACCUGGACAUCCAUCAUUGCGCUCUUCUUCCUGAACGAAUGGUAUCAGGGCUACAAGUUUGCAGCCUUGUCUCCAUCGCUCGCAGUCCUAGAUGAAUACUCUGGCCUCCUUGACAGAUGGCACAUUCACUUCAACGUCACAGCAUUGCGCAUCAUCUCAUAUAACAUGGACUACUAUUGGUCCAUUGGGAAGCCUGCGGAGAAGCCAAAGAACAAGGUUCCUGAUGAACGGGAACGCAUCACUAUAUCGCCUCCAGCCUCAGACUUUUGCUUCAGCAAUUUCGUGGCCUAUGUCUUUUACACACCUCUCUACUUGGCUGGGCCGAUAUUGACGUUUGACAAUUACAUUGCUCAGCAACAUGUGCAGCCUGCCACCAUCACGAAACAACGCACCAUUGCCUAUGCUAUCCGAUUGCUCAUCUCUCUGACCAUCAUGGAACUUGUUCUCCACUUCAUCUACGUCGUAGCCAUGUCCAAAGCGCAUGCCUGGCAAGGUCUCUCGCCCAUGCAGAUCUCCAUGCUCGGCUACUUCAAUUUGCACAUUAUUUGGCUGAAACUUCUGAUUCCCUGGCGCUUCUUCAGGCUCUGGGCCAUGUCAGAUGGUGUGGAAACGGCAGAGAAUAUGAUUCGCUGCAUGUCCAACAACUACAGCGCCCUUGCCUUUUGGCGUGCGUGGCAUCGCAGCUUCAAUCGAUGGGUAGUGCGAUACAUCUUCAUUCCACUUGGCGGUAGUGGCACCAAGACGACUGGCGGCGCUGCGAGCAUGUUCAGCUACCUGCUCAACUCAUUGGCAGUCUUCAGCUUCGUGGCCAUCUGGCACGAUAUCUCGCUGACCUUGUUGACAUGGGGCUGGCUUGUGGUGAUUUUUUUGAUUCCAGAACUGAUUGCUACACAACUGACAAAGCCACUACGCAAGGAAUGGUACUAUCGCUACCUAUGUGGAGUCGGUGCUGUUGGCAACAUCCUCAUGAUGAUGGCUGCCAAUCUCGUUGGCUUCUGUGUUGGCGUCGAUGGUCUGCGCGACAUGAUCUCAGAAAUCUUUGGCAGUUUUGCUGGGUUUGCCUUUCUGGGCAUUGCGUGCAGUGCGUUGUUUGUUGGUGUACAAGUCAUGUUUGAAGUUCGUGAGGAUGAGGCGACGCGUGGUAUUGACUUGCGUUGUUAA